AUGGAAAAGGAUGACACGCUGUGGCGACCCCUAACAGGACACGCCGAAAGGAAAAGAAGAUUGUGAUGAUGAAUAUUGAAAUAUACUUUAAAUGGGAAUAAGCCUUUCAUAUUUAAAAAUGGGCGUGAAUGGGUGAAUGAGAGGCAUAAUUAUGCACUUUUUAGGUUGUCGCUUUAUGAAGGUUAGUCUCUUGACCUGCAUUAGAUACAGGCAGAUAACACAUUCAAUAUGGUGGACGCGUUGACGUAUCUCAGCAAGGGCCAGAAGAAGAAGCAGAAGAAGAAGAAGAAGCAGAAGCAGAAGAAGAAGAAGAAGAAGCAGAAGAAGAAGAAGAAGAAGAAGCCGAAGAAGAAAUUAAAAUAAAUUGUUAUCAGAGAUAAACGUUACAAAACAAAUGUAUGCCGUGAGCAGCCAGUGAAAGGGAGUAGCUAUGAAAUAAAGCUAUGCAAAGUGUGAAGACUUAACUUUGGUGAUAACUUCUUGGACAGUUUGUUGACGUUAUGUUUCGAGAGUUGUAUCCCUUCGUGGAGGACAGUUUUAGCCGCUUUCCCACGCAGAGUAACAUUUAUGGACUGUGUCAGGCCGGGGAGCAGGAGUUGCUAGCGGCUACACUCAAAGGGAAGGUGGUCAGCUUCACGUACCAGGAGCUGCAGCAGAAAAUAAGACCAGUGGCCAAAGAGGUUCAGUUCACCUACAUACCAGUUGAUGCAGAGAUUGUGUCAAUUGAUGCAUUCAACAAGUCUUUACCCAAGAGAGGCCUUGUGGUGGGCAUCACAUUCAUAAAGGACUCAGGUGACAAAGCCACGCCCUUCCUGAAUAUCUACUGUGACUAUGAGCCCGGUUCAGAGUUCAACCUAGAGUCUAUUGCACAGAGUUGCCUAAAUCUGGAGUUGCAGUUCACGCCCUUUCAACUGUACCACACAGAAGUGCAGAGUGAUGAUGGAGGCAGAGAAACUGUGUUUCUGCUUAGUGGUCACGACCAGAGGAUCCACCUGUACAAGGAGAACGCCUCACUCCACCAGUUUGAAGAGCAGCCAGUGGAGAGACUGUUCCCAGAGCUACAGCAGUUGCCCAGCAAUGUGUUAUGGAUGGACAUGAUGUGUAUAUCUGGUGGCCAAAGACUGUCUGCAUUUGGCUGUCAGAACGGCUGUGUUGGACUGGCUGUGGUCAAACAGUUUCGACCAGAGGUUUUGCAGAGUUGGCGUGUUCAGUUCGACAGUCCAAUCUCCAUUGUGCUGCUAUUUCCUCUCAUCUGCCAAACACAGCCUGAUCUGCCCAGUGGAGAAAAAAGUUUUGGAGUUGAAGGCUACAAUCUUCUAGUAACUAGCACAAUAGAGAUGGCAGUUGUCUACAGAAAUGUCCAUGUGAGAGGCUUAUCCCACUCGCUAUGCCUCGCUGAGAGUGACCAGUGGGAUGCGGUGCUUUGUGCUCUGGUUAUUGACCUGGAUUUUGAUGGGCAGAAGGAGGUGCUGCUGGGAACAUAUGGACAGGAACUUCUGUGUUAUAAAUUCCAGCAUGGGGCAGCAGGAGAAGAAGGACACUUUGAGUUGUUGUGGCGACGGAGCUUCAAGAGUCCUUUGCUGUCAAUCAUCUACUUAGACCUGACAGGGGACGGUUUGAGAGAGCUGGCUGUCCUCACGCUGAAGGGACUGCAUAUUUUACAGCAUAGUCUCACUAGCACUGCUGAUCUGGUCCUGGAGCGUCUUGCCAGGAGGGUGGCAGAUCUGGCUGUUGACUCCAAGCCAGAGUCAACUGAAGGUCGACAUACCCAUGAAAAGGAUGCGCCUAAGGAGGAGGACUUCACACGUCAUACAUCUUCAAAUUAACAAACAGUAUUUUGGUGCAUCUUUGACUCACGCGUCCCAACAUUAGCUACAUAGUCACAUUUUUACAAGAGCUUUAUAAUUAUUAGUGGUGGAACUUUAACGUGUUAAUCAUGAUUAAUUAAUUACAAAAGUUAGUGUGUGAAAAAUAUUGACGCAUUUUAAUCACAGUUUGCUUUCCAAACAAACGCAGAACCGUUGUCUGUCUGUGCACGAUUUCCUGGUACACCGAUUACACUGAAGUACAUGUCAGAGAUAUUGACUAACCAUAUCUCCAUAGAUGAAUGGGUACAUACGCCAGCCCAAUGAAGCAGCCCGGCUAACCGACAUGGCCAUAUAGCGGCCAUGUUGCGGAGGUCGACGGUCCCAUAGAAGGCAAUGCAUGGACACUGAAAUGAAGUCGUAACUUGCUUUUUCCUCAAUCAAUUUUCAUGAGGGUUACUGUUUUGUCAACGCCAAAGCCUAUGCUAUCAAUCAACGUUUUUUAGAGAGCAAAAAAUAACAUUUAAAUAUAUUUUUUCAUGUGAAGGGGACUCACAGUUCCCUUGUAAUUAUACGCCGAUUUACGCAACCAUAUGCAGCACAUUGUACUGCCAUCGUUGGUCUUUUGGUUUUCUUGCCGUACACGCACGGUGAAUCCGUUGACAACUUUGACUUCCCUAGCUUAGUGUUGCAGUCGGCACGGCGCUCAAAAUGGGCGUGUCGUAUCUACCAAUACAUAUCUGUGCAUAUCUUUGUGUUCUAAAGGCUAACACAAUGGAGGAAUCGGAUAAAGGACUGUUGGGAGGCAAAUUUAAUCUCCAAGAAACUACUCAUUGGAAACCGCAAUAAAAGCGUGGUUUUGUGCAGACUAUGCAAAGAAGAGUUUGCCUACCAUCAGAGCACUUCAACCCUCCUGUACAAUCUAAAUGCAAAGCAUGUCGGAGCCAGCACAGAAAAGUUAGCGCUAGCAGUCACGAUACGAGUUUUAAGAGCAAGUGACUGGAUUCAGGACCAAACCUAGAAAGUCAACAUGUAGUGCUCUUUGCAGACAAAUGAUUCUAAAAUGUGUGACAGAUAGCGACAUACGACCCAAGUUUUCAGCUGCCAUGCAGAAAGACUUUCAGGCAAAAUUUAACAACAUUAUGGCACCGAAAAGCAAGCAAAAUUGGACGCUUGGGGAUCAUGUUAAUAAUAGAAAUUACAUAGGCGUCAGUGCACACAUUGCUGAUGUCACAGACGGGACAUGACAUCUACAGUCUUUUGCCCUGGCUGUGGAGAAUACAGUCACCAGACACUAUGCUGAAAACUGUGCAGAGCAAUUUCUCUCUGUGGCAGAUGGGGAAUUCUACAAAAGGUAACCAUAAUUGGAACAGACAGUGCAUGGACAAUGACGGCUGCAGCAAGACACCUCCCAUUCCAACACAUGCCUUGUAUUGCAAAGAGCCAUCACUAUUAGCCUUGUUGAUAGUGGGUUUAAUGAUGCAAACUUGAAGUUAAAAGAAAUAUAAUGAAAUGACACUUUUUAAGUUUAGGUGUAUUGAACUUUGAAUCUGUUUUUGUACCAUUUUUGUAUUGAAAUACAGUGCAAUUAAUUGCGUUUUUCCACAGUUAACAGUAUUCAUAUCGAUGUCUAUUAUUUGAUUUAGUUGAGCACUAAAAUCCAUUUAAAUGACAAUAAAAAAUACUUUGGGAGACAAAUACUGUUAUAGGAUUAAAAUGUGAUUAAUCAAGAUUAAUUAAUUAAUUGGAUUGUUUUUGUCUCACCACUAAUAAUUAUAUUCAUAUAGUUAAAAAGGAGUCACUGAUGGUGUAGUGGUACACUCGCCUGACUUCAGUGCAAGCAGCGUGGGUUCAGUUCCCACUCAGUGACGGUGGGAAUGUGAGUGCAAGUGGUUGUCCGUGUCUAUACUGACUGGCGAACAGUUCAGGGUGUAGUGCGCCUUUCGACCGAAGUCAGCUGGGAUAGGUUUCAGUGCCCCGCGACCCUGAACAGGAUAAGCAGUGUUGAGGAUGGAUGGAUAGUUACCAAGGUAAAUAAUUGACAAUAACAUUUUACAUUCAAUUAAGACUUUAAUGUUCAUGUGCCACAGAAAAAGUUUUUUUGUUAAAACACAAAUUGGUCAGAAAUUAUUGUCUAUCAUAAAUAUGAAACACAAUUAAGGCCAGGUGUCCAAAAUAUACAGCUGAGAAUAAAAGAGCUUUGUCAAACUUACAAUGGUAAUAAAUCAAACAUUUUCUGUUUUGAUCAACUGUCAGAGAGGUGUCAUAUAUGUAUAAUUGGAAUGCAGUAAUAAAACCAUAUAAACAAAGGCUGUGUGUGUGUGUAUAUAUAUAUAUAUAUAUAUAUAUAUAUAUAUAUAUAUAUAAAAUGUAGAUAUACAUACACACACACUAUAUUGGCAAAAGUAUUUGCUCACCGGCCUUGACUCAUGAUUUAAGUGACAUCCCAUCCCUAAUUUAUAGCGUUUAAUAUGACAUCGGUCCACCCUCUGCAGUUAUAACAUCUUAAAUUCUGGGAAGGUUUUCCACAAGGUUUAGAAGUGUGUUUAUGGGAAAUUAGGACAAUUUUGUAGAAGCACAUUUGAGAGGUUACAUACACACUCUCAGUCUCUGCUCUAAUUCAUCCAAAAGUGUUCUAUAGGGUUGCGGUCAGGAUUGUGCAGGCCAGUCAAGUUUAUCCACAUCAAACUCUCUCAUCCGUGUCUUUAUGAACUUGCUUGUUUGAACAGGAAGGGGCACUCUCCAAACUGUUCCCACCAAGUUGGAAAGGUCCAAAAUAUUAGCCCCUGAGUUCCAGUGAAAGGGACUCUGAAUGCUUCAGAAUACCAAGAGAUUUUGGACAUUCAAAACAGUUUGGGGAUUACCCCUUCCUGUCUAACAAGUAAGGUACAUAAAGACAUGGGUGAAAGAAUUUAGUAUGGAUGAACUUGACUGGCCUGCACAGAGUCCCCAAUACUCUCCAACGCCAGUGGGUGGCGCCUUGAGUGCACAUUUCGCGCUCUCAGUUCAAACGAAGAAAAGGACUCUGAUGAUUGUAAACCAAGAGGGGACCUGCUAAUUACUUUAGGGUCCACUUGAAGUACGCCAGUCGUCCUCUUAGCAACUGUUUCAAAGAACGGAGUAUAUAUAUUAAAUACUGGGAGAAUAUAGUCUGGUCGGAUGAGAGUGGAUGUUGGAUGCCAUAAUGCACACUAUGAUUGGAGGAGAAAUCACAUCACCCUAAAACACAAUACCAACAGUGAAGUUCGGAGGUGGGAACAUGAUGGUGUGGGGCUGCUUUUCAGAAAAUGGUACUGGUAAACAUUAUUGAAGGAGGGAUGAAUGGUCAAAUGUACCGAGACAUUCUUGACAAAAAUCUGCUGCCAUCGACAAGGAUGAUAAAAAUGAAAUGAUGGUGGACAUUUCACCAGAAUAAUGAUCAAAAACAUAAUGCCAAGGAAACUCUCAAUUGGUUUCAAAGGAAAAAAAUAAAGCUGCUAGAAUGGCCCAGCCAAUCACCCGACUUGAAUCCAAUUUAAAAUUUAUGGAAAGAACUGAAACUCAAGCUCCAUAAAAGAAGCCCAUGGAACCUUCACGAUUUGAAGACUGCUUGUGUGACGGAAUGGGCCAAAAUCACACCAGAGCAAUGUUUGUGACUAGUUUCUCCAUACAAGAGGUGUCCUGAAGCUGUCAUUGCAAACAAAGGCUUUUGUACAAAGUAUGAAAUAAAUACCUGUUGGCGUGUUCAA